CCCCAAUUGCGAAGAGGACGAAGAGGAUGUCUUCAGCCACAGGCCUCCGCCACCAGGCACGCUGCCUGCUCUUGGCCCUGAUCUGCAGCGGCACCUCCUUCCAAGAUGCCGCCGCAAAUGUGCAGCCACACAUCUCUUCUGACCUUGUCGCACAGAAGCCUUCCUGUGGAAAACAGAUCCGCAUCCCGUGCGAGGGCUACACGGAUUACGAAGACAGCGGCAUCAUAUACUGGCUAGCCAACGGCCGGUUUGUGUCAGAAUUGUACCCAGGUGGAGAAGUGAGCGAGGGGCGCACUGAGGAGAAAGCCAAGGGCGCCGGCCUGUCCUUGAAACGGGAGCUGAUCAUCAACAUCUUCACAAAGGAGAUCCAGAAGACGACGUUUGAAUGCGUCGUCCUCGAUCCGGCAGGCGCAGCGCGAAAGGCCGUCAACUGGAAGCCGAAGAGUUUCAGGAAUCAGCGUGGCAAAGUCCCAGAGCAGAUGGACAGCAGCAGCACCCUUUAAGG